AUGGCACGACCCUGCGCUGGACUGCUGUUCCUAUGUCUGUGGCCGCUGGCUGGUUCUGCGGCUGCAGGUUCAUAUCGGAUCUUGGACUUUGUUGACCCGCUCAUAGGGACUACCAAUGGAGGCCAUGUUUUCCCCGGUGCGACUUUGCCCUACGGACCUGAUACCGACGGAGAGGCUCAAGGAGGUUUUGACGGGAAUGCACUCUCCGUUCGGGGUUUCUCCCACAUGCAUGAUUCAGGCACUGGCGGGAGCUUUUCCUUUGGAGCUUUCUCCUUGUUCGCUCACUCAUCCUGCCCGGAUGACAACAUGAACAAGUGCAAGUUUGAUAAGCUUGCACGUGCAACCCCAUGGGUUAAGGACAGUGUCAAAGCCAGCCCUGGCUAUUUUGGCAUCACUCUCCAGGAUGGGGUCACCACAGAGAUGACGGUGACCAACCGUAGCGCUCUAUAUAAAUUUACUUUCCCCGAAAAUCCAUUCCCCGGCUUGGACGUCCCGCUCAGCCCGUUCAUCAUCGUUGAUUUGUCUGAUAUGCAAGGCACGCGCCAUCAGAGCAAGGUUUCCGUUGAUCCAGAAACCGGACGAGUGAAGGGUGGUGGUUCGUUUAACCCCAGCUUCGGCAAAGGAACAUACCAGCUAUAUUUCUGCACUGAUUUUCAAGGAGCGGACGUCCGCCAGGCGGGUAUAUUCAAAACUGAAGACGGGAAAUCGACACCCGUACUCAGAACAGAUUCCAACAUAGUUAGUAGACUUGACACCGAUAGCGACCUGUUAGGAGCGUUUGUUCAGUUUCAAGCGCCGGAUAACAGAGAGUUGAUCGCCCGUGUGGGCCUGAGCUUUAUGAGUAUCGAUCAGGCUUGUUCCAAUGCCGAACGAGAGCAGCCAUUUUUCGACUUUGAUGCCACUGUGUCAGCUGCUGAGGAGGUAUGGGCGCAGAAGCUUGGGGUUAUCGAAGUCAAUGCGGUAGGCUUGCCGCGGGAUUUUGAAGUUACUUUCUGGAGUGGGGUUUAUAGGACACUUAUCAGCCCUCAAGAUUAUUCGAAUGAAAACCCUUUGUGGAAAAGCGAUGAACCAUAUUACGAUAAUUUUUACUGCAUCUGGGAUUCCUUCCGUACCACCCAUCCAUUCAUAACAAUUCUCGACCCUCAAGCUCAGGCGAACAUGGUCCGCAGUCUAAUAGAUAUUUAUCGACAUGAAGGCUGGCUUCCCGACUGCCGCAUGUCCCUCUGCAAGGGAUUCACCCAAGGUGGCUCAAAUGCAGACGUCGUUCUUGCGGACGCCUUUGUUAAACGUCUCCCUGGUAUUGAUUGGAAAUCCGGGUACGAGGCUUUGAUCAAGGAUGCAGAAGUCACUCCCCCAGACUGGAGUAUUGAGGGUCGAGGAGAUAUCGAGAGCUGGAAGUCGGUGGGCUAUGUCCCCGUUGACAGCAAGCCGAAGGGCAGAGGCGUUCGCUCACGAAGUGUCUCGCGCACAGUCGAAUAUGCAUACAACGAUUUCUGCAUUGCAUUAUUGUCGAAAGCAUUGGGACACGAGGAGGACUAUAUCAAAUACACGGAUCGCGCGAAAUUCUGGAAGAAUCUAUAUCGGGAAGACCAGACCAUUGUAAUCAACGGGACGGACACGGGCUUUGUAGGAUGUCUCCAACCGCGUCAUGAAAAUGGGGAAUGGAGUUACCAAAAUCCAAUCCAAUGCAGCCCCCUGCUUAACCCGCAUUCAUGCUAUUUGAAUGAGGAUGGUGGCGAGUCAUACGAAGGGAGUCUCUUCAUGUAUACCUUCUAUGUUCCCCAGGAUAUGGCAACGCUCGUAGACACGCUAGGAGGACCCGAUGCAUUCACCAAGCGUCUAGACUACCUGCACGAAUCCGGCCUGCUCUACGUGGGGAACGAACAAGCCUUCCUCUCGGUAUACCAGUACCACUACUCAGGUCGUCCCGCGCUCUCGGCAGAGCGCGCCCACUUUUACAUCCCCUCGCAAUUCAACAAUACCCCCAACGGCAUCCCGGGCAAUGACGACAGCGGAGCGAUUGGCUCGUUCCUCGCAUUCGCGAUGAUCGGCCUGUACCCCAUCGCAGGCCAAGAUGUAUACCUCAUCACCCCACCGUUCUUCGCCGAGGUGAAGAUCCGUAAUCCCCUCACGGGGAACGUGGCGAUUAUCCGGAAUAUACACUUCGAUCCCUCGUAUCGGGCGAUCUAUAUCCAGCGGGUGAAGCGCGAUGGGAAAGCUUGGCGUAAGAACUGGAUCGGACACGAUUUCUUUGAGAACGGCGGUGUUUUGGAGCUGAUUCUGGGGAAGAGGGAGAAGCUAAACAAUAAGAAAUAUAAGAAUGAAGCUAAGGAAUGA